AACGACAUUGGGGGGCGGGGCGGUGAGCCACAAUCACCAUCAUGUUAGAUUUUGACGUUAGGACUCGUCUUCUGCCAUUGCGUAGAGGGGCAGGAAGGUUCUAGAGAGAUCAUCGUUGUUGGAGCCUGAGGAAUCGAUAAGCCCGGAGUUUUGACCGUGUGAGCGGUUGUGUUGUUAAGCUACUUUUUUUUAAUCGCGACCAAGCAGCUCCUGCCAGCUCAACCAUCAAACUUCACUGCGCCUUUGGACGACUAGCGUUGUGUUUAUGUCUUUAUUUUACGGAAACGAGCUGUUGCGCAGCUGUUGGAACGCGAGCGGUGUAAACCUAGACCACGAGCAAGAAACUUGCAGCCACUGUGGCAAAAUCUUUUUCAUGUCAGAGACCGAGCACGCUUGCAGUCGUUUAUGUCAUCCCUUCUUCUCCAGACAGAAGAUACCAAAAAAUCCCCAUCCAAGAUCUUCUUAUCUUGCUGAUAGUGCUGCAAGCCACUCAAAAUGUCUGUCAACGUCAACCGCAAUGUGUCGGACCAGUUCUACCGCUACAAGAUGCCCCGUCUGAUUGCAAAGGUGGAAGGCAAAGGAAAUGGAAUCAAGACAGUCAUUGUCAACAUGGUUGAUGUUGCAAAGGCACUGAACCGGCCUCCAACAUAUCCAACCAAGUUUUUUGGCUGUGAGUUGGGGGCGCAGACCCAGUUUGACACAAAGAAUGACCGAUACAUAGUGAACGGCUCCCACGAGGCCAACAAACUACAGGACAUGCUGGAUGGAUUCAUCCGCAAGUUUGUGCUUUGCCCCGAGUGUGACAAUCCCGAGACCGACCUACAUAUUAAUCCAAAGAAACAAACCAUUGGAAACUCCUGUAAAGCCUGUGGGUACCGGGGCAUGCUAGACACUCGCCACAAACUCUGCACGUUCAUCCUUAAAAAUCCACCAGAAAGUGACAGUGGGUCUGUGAAGAAGGAGAAAGAAAAGAAGAACCGUAAGAAGGACAAAGAAAAUGGUUCAGGCAGUGGAGAUGGUGGGAACCAUAAUGAGAUUGACGCCCCAGAUGCAGUUCAUGGAGAUGAUGAUGAUGAGGACUGGGCCGAAGAGACCACUGAAGAGGCCCAGCGUCGCAGAAUGGAGGAGAUCAGUGACCAUGCUAAGAAUCUGACUCUCAGCGAGGACCUAGAGAAGCCCCUUGAGGAGAGAGUCAACAUGUUUUAUAACUUUGUGAAACAAAAGAAAGAGAGUGGAGCAAUAGACUCUGCAGAUAAGGACAUUCUGGCUGAGGCAGAGCGUCUAGAUGUGAGGGCCAUGGGACCGCUUAUUCUGAGUGAACUGCUCUUCAAUGAAAACAUCAGAGACCAGAUAAAAAAAUACAAACGUCACUUUCUACGUUUCUGCCAUAAUGAUAAGAAGGCUCAGAAAUACCUGAUGGGUGGUUUUGAGUGUGUGGUAAAGUUGCACCAAACCCAGCUGCUGCCUAGAGUUCCAAUCAUACUCAAGGAUCUGUAUGAUGCUGACCUUUUGGAGGAGGAUGUCAUCCUCACCUGGGCUGAAAAGGUUUCUAAGAAGUAUGUCUCCAAGGAACUGGCUAAGGAAAUCCAUGCCAAGGCAGCACCCUUUGUCAAAUGGCUGAAGGAGGCAGAGGAGGAGAGUGAGGGAAGCGAAGAAGAGGAGGAGGAAGAGGAUGAGAAUGUUGAGGUUGUGUACUCUUCCUCAGCCCGGGAGCUAAAAGUGGAGACUGUUGAGCCAGAGAAAACCGAGGAGGAGGAUGACCUUGACAUUGAUGCCAUUUAAAAAGAGAGGAGAGAAACCUGAAUGGCAGCCAAUUUAGAACUUUCCCAACUCCUCUCCAAUGUUAAAAUUAAUCACAAUGGCCUCCUAUUGUGCCCUUUCUUCUUUUCCAUAUAUUCUUUCCACUAGUUUACUCUAUCCUGGCUAAUGAGGCAUGGUUUUAACACAGCGCUUUCAUUGUCUUGCUGCUGCUGCUGAGCUAAAAUAUGUAAUGUUUAAGCUUUCUGUAUUGAGAAUUCUAUUGUGAGUUUGACUUAUUUUGAUUUACUUAAACUGCACAAUUGUUUGUGAUUUGUUUUCAUUUUGUUCAGUCAUUAAAUAAAAUGUUUCUUUUCACUUA